AUGGAUCUUUAUUUGAACGUGAUUGCGGCUUCGAACGAACAACAAUUUUCACGUCAUAGUAUUAGAGAUGCCAAGAUUACAGCUGCCAUUAUGGCCUCAGCAGCGUUCUUGGCCUUUCGCAGCAAAGUCAUCGACAUUACCAACGAGGUGGUACCGCACCUUAACGUUAGUCCCACUUCAUUUCUGCUGUACGAUGACAACGACGAGCGGGAUGACGCUGUUGUAGAGAUGAACCAAGCAGUAACAAUGAGGACGAUAGCGAAGCAUCGGCGUGUAGCACGAGUCCGACCAUCGCAGCGAUGUACGUCUAUAAGACCGCCGCACCACAAGUUACUACAGGCUCCAUUCUGUACGUGUCCUGGUUGGGGGAGGCAAAAGAUGAAAAUACGGGGCGCCAACCACCACCCCGCUCUCGCUGUCUACGGUGUGAGGAGACUCUUCAAAUCCAAGCACGCGGUCGUUGGUGAACUCAUUGCCAGUUGCGAUCUUCAGUUCAGCAAGGAAACCGAGGUGUCUGUGGAGGGCGACGUGGCCGUGGAGUUUCGGGGACUCCAAAACGUUGACGAUACUACACUCAGAAGUCUCCCAAAUCACUCGGACGAUUCCAUCCAGGCGACAUCAUCGUCGUCGCUGGAGAUGGCGGAUAUGCGCGGAAGUGACCACGCCGCUGUCCUGGCACGAACGACCCACUAA